GACGAAACGACCGUUACCGACCCAAGCGCAGCCUUCCUCGCACUGGACAUCAUCACGGAUGAGCAGUUGCUCAGCAUAGUCCUACCUUUACUGCACUCUAGACAAGAGCUACGAGACGUCGUGAUAGCUGAGCUUGGGGGCGAGGUCGAGCCGAGCAUCCCCUUGGUUAGUGUUGAAGCCAUUGGAAGCAUCCCUGAGGUCGACAUGCGGCGGUGUCUAUUACUAGAGUUCUCUGGGCCGGCCACAUCACCGAUGCCGCCUACGAGAAAGCGGCCGUCGCUAAGCCGGUCGGCGAGGGCGGCUAGGAAGGCCCGAAGGCGAGAAGGCUCCCACGACACACUGUUGAGGCUCAUGAGGGGCGAGGAGGUCCUGGACUCUACCUAUCCUGCUGUGUUUCAAGUCGAAGAAGCUUGCCCUAUAGGGGAGCCUCGAACGACCAUCCAGCUCACGUCGGACGCUUCCACCUCCCGUCUGGACUCCACCCCGUCUGAUCUCAAGUGUUUCGAUCCAUUCGAGAACCCUAGCGGGCCUGGGCUCGAUGGACAUAAUGCCCCGUUCGACUUGUUCCCCAACGAGUUAUGACGAUCAUCCCACGGCUGAGACACUGAGUGUAAUAUGAUGGAGGCUCAUAACGAUGCAUAAUUGGUGUAAGCUUCCUGGCUGCUCGAACGUUCCCAUGCGGGUGAUGCACGUUGGUGAAGUUUCCAUUGACACAUUUGUGA